AUGGCGGACGGCGACAGCGGCAGCGAGCGCGGCGGCGGCGGCGGCGGCGGGCCCGGCGGCUUCCAGCCCGCGGCCCGCGGUGGCGGUGAGCAGGAGACGCAGGAGCUGGCCUCGAAGCGGCUGGACAUCCAGAACAAGCGCUUCUACCUGGACGUGAAGCAGAACGCCAAGGGCCGCUUCCUCAAGAUCGCCGAGGUGGGCGCGGGCGGCUCCAAGAGCCGCCUCACGCUGUCCAUGGCGGUGGCCGCCGAGUUCCGCGACUCGCUGGGCGACUUCAUCGAGCACUACGCGCAGCUGGGCCCCAGCAGCCCCGAGCAGCUGGCGGCGGGCGCCGAGGACGGCGGCGGGCCGCGGCGCGCGCUCAAGAGCGAGUUCCUGGUGCGCGAGAACCGCAAGUACUACCUGGACCUCAAGGAGAACCAGCGCGGCCGCUUCCUGCGCAUCCGCCAGACCGUCAACCGCGGCGGCGGCGGCUUCGGCGCGGGCCCGGCGCCCGGCGGCCUGCAGAGCGGCCAGACCAUCGCGCUGCCCGCGCAGGGCCUCAUCGAGUUCCGCGACGCGCUGGCCAAGCUCAUCGACGACUACGGCGGCGAGGACGACGAGCUGGCCGGCGGCCCGGGGGGCGGCGCCGGGGGCCCCGGGGGCGGCCUGUACGGGGAGCUCCCCGAGGGCACCUCCAUCACGGUGGACUCGAAGCGCUUCUUCUUCGACGUGGGCUGCAACAAGUACGGGGUGUUCCUGCGCGUGAGCGAGGUGAAGCCGUCCUACCGCAACGCCAUCACCGUGCCCUUCAAGGCCUGGGGCAAGUUCGGAGGCGCCUUCUGCCGGUACGCGGAUGAGAUGAAGGAGAUCCAGGAGCGGCAGAGGGAUAAGCUUUAUGAGCGCCGUGCCGGGGGCAGCGGAGGCGGCGACGAGUCCGAAGGCGAGGAGGUGGACGAGGAUUGAAACCGGCAGCUUCCCCUGCGGGCCUCCCCCACCCCCCCUCCGACCCGCCGGCUACAGAGUUCCCGUUCCUGCUCAUCCCCGGUGGGCCAGAGGCGAGGGGGAGCGAGGGAGGCCCCGCAGGGAGAAAACAAAAGAAAAACAAAUAAUCUAGGGAAGAGAAAUAACCAUGAGAGAACAGCCACGGACACUUAGAGAAAAGCAGUGAGUUCCAAGGAACGGACAGCAACCUGCAAAGACAGAACAGGUCGUCUCCUCGAGCCUCUGGGCCAAAGCCGCAUCUCAGCCGCCCAGGCCCGCCCGUUGGUAACGGUUGAAUUUGUGUUGUUCCUGGGUGAUCUGGUCCAAAGAUCUCUCCAGGGCGCAUUACCGCAGUAUCCACCCCUUCACCCCCAUUGCAAUCAGCAUUUUGGACCGAGAUCUUCACGGAAUUCUUAGAAGAGAGAGGCCUUUGCAGUUCCCCAGUUCUGAGGGUACUGGUUUAUGAAAAGGAAUGCAACUUUAAAUGUAAUCAUGGACAGGGCAGAAUAAAAUUUCAAGAAGCCAUCGGAGAAUGCAGAAACAAAUUUAAAAAAAUGGUUUUGCAUGGAACCUGGACCAAGGCCCAUGUCUUUUCUUUGCAGAAUUGUUUUCCGGGAUGCAGAUGAAAUCAGAUAUCAAUGCUUGAACCAGAAUCCAUUACUAAAAUAGUUUAAAAGUUGGCAAAAGGGGUUUUUGUUUUUUUGUUUUUUGUUUUGGAAGUUAAAAGCAUUGGGGAUUGCUGAGGUAGGCACAAGAAAUCAGGCAUAAAGCACAAGGCAAACUGUUUGAGUGGAUUAGUUGCUGCUCACUAAAGUUCUUCCCUUGAUCUCUAAUUGUGGAGGUCAUUAUCAAGGAAUGGCUUGAGUAUGAAUUAGAGCCAGAUCUCUAUCUCCAUCGUGUGAGCCAGUGAUUUAUGGCAAAUUUGGCUGUUUCAGCCACGGGUUGGCUGAAUUUUAAACCGUGAAACUUGAAGAUGACCUACUAAAGGAACAGUGUGGCUACAAGCCUGAGCUUUAAUGGAUUCUACAUCCUCGUGGGAAAGUUGGAAAUAAUCGAAACUGAAGUCUUAAUUUACCUUCAGUUUAAUCUGUGGAUUUGUUCACAUACUAAAAAUCCUCAGGUUCAGAAUUCCAGCAUCAUUUAUUCUUUUAAAAUAAAUUUUUAAGAACUUGUUCCAUUGUAUCAGUACCUCACAAUCAAAGUUGGCAAAUGAUGGAUGAGUGAUUCAAGCGUAGCACCCGGUGGAAGCUGAAAUAAUGGAACUGAAGUGAACGUGAAUAUGCUGACUAUAUCCUGGAAGAUUUUUAUACCAUCUUGAAAUUUCAACAAGCUGGCUUUUGCCAGUUUAUCCAGCUGUCUUUUCAAGAAUAAAAGUUGGGGUUUUCAAGGAUCGCCUCUUCUAUAUUUUAAAUGGAUUUUCAGUAGAAAUGAUUUUUACUAAUCAAGUUAAUCCCACCUCCAUCAAAAGGUAUUCCUAGAAAUGUCAUAGACCUAGGUAACUUUGAAUUGAAUGGGAGCUAAUGUUCUUUCCAAAGUUUUCAGGUAUUCUUUGUGUGACACCUUCUCAACAGGAGGCAAGUAACCCCACCUCCACGAUCUUAGUAUUUUUUUUAACUGCAUGCCUGCCCUUUAUUUGAGCUGCCUUUUUAAUUUAUUGCAUAUCCUUUUUAUUAUCUUAUUUUGGUAUUAUUCAAUCUAUACAAUCUUUUUGUAUUUAUUGGGAAAUAAGUAAUAUACAAAAAGGUCAUUUUCAUGUAUUUGUGGCUCAGAGGGAGGGAAAUCAUUGUGUAUAUAUAAUUAGGCUUUUUUUUAAAAAAUGGACUAUGAUUCCAAAUAUUGCUGAUCAUAGAUUUUAAACAAAAAAGUGAAACAGCCACAAACAUUGGUGCCCUUUUCAGACUAUUUCUCUACUCAUCAUCCACAGUAGAAUUUUUAAACGGAUUUUUUUAAAGCAUUUCUUUUAAAUUUUUCUCCGUUGCAAAGAAUGUUUCCUAAAUUGUAUGGGAGCAAUAGUAUUUUUGAUGUUUUAAUGACAUCCGUAUACUUGUACUGUAUUUUGUACUACAAGGCAGCUGUUUUCAAUAAUGUCCUGCUGUAUUUACCUAUGUGUUUUGAGUGUUUAUUUCUUUGCUGCGGAGAACAAAUUCCUAAAUAGUUUUAGUAAAAGAGCUGAGAAGCUAGCAUUAGAUUUGCAGAAACUGUUAAGUUUCAGACUCUAAGGCAGCAAUGAAAAUUAAGGUUGCAGCUAUUAGUUGACUGCUGUAACUUUUUCGUUUUCAAACCAUGUACAAUUUCUGUAUAGACCAACUUGUUUUCUUGCUUCAGUGGUGGUUCUGUUGCUCAGCUGCAGUGAGCCAGUUCAAUUUUGCAAAGGUGCAGUACCUCUCCUUUUCAAGGGGUUGGUUUAUUUUUUCUUUUCGUUUGGCUGAAUUGCAGUAACUAGCCUUGCCUUUCUAUUCUGUAGAAAUGACAGGGUCUUCACAAUCCUUCACCAGUGGCUACUAAGCUAUAAUUAGCUGAAUAGAAAGAAUGUGGAAGUGGUCUGAGGCAUAUAGAGUAUAUGCCAAGAACACUACCAUAUAUGGAGUCAGCUUUGGUUACCAGAGAAAUUUUCUUAGUCAUUAGACCAUAUAACAGUAAGAUAUCAUAUGUAAGUCUUUAGAUAUCAAUUUGAGAAUCCUCCAAAAAAAGGAGCAAAGAAUGCAUAAGCUAUGUGUUGGCAAAAGUAAUUUAUAUUAAAAUUUUGACCUGCCUAUGUAAGAUUAAGUGGUAAAUGUCAUAGUGGUGGGUUUUUAAGUCUUAACCAAUCUCUUAAGGUUUGUUUCUCCUGCAGGGGGUGGUUCAUGGCCUCUCUUCCCACUGCAGGAAGGUUGCAGAGGGAUGUGGAUUGAUUGUAGCAUUUCACUGAUCUUCAUUCCAGUCACUAGGGACAAUAGAAAUCUGCAAAGUGCAGAGAGUCGUUCGUAAAUAUUAGCCUGUUAAAGGAAAUAGCCUUUGUUAAUCCCAGCCAAAUAACAGCAUCGUCCAGACUGGGAAAAAACCAAUUUCUUGUUUUGUUUUUCAGCUGUUCCUGUGAACUAUUUAGAGGUUGUGUUUUUAAGUUUGGCAAACAUGCCAGCUAAUCAGAAUAGUCCUAUUCUUGAGAGGUAGGGAACUAAAAUUCCUUUCCAAAUAAUUGGUAGGGGUUUGUUUUUGAAACUACCAUAGUUCAGAGAUGAAAUACCAAAUUUUAGGAAUAGAAUCAAAAGAGCAAAAAUCUUGGAAGAGAUUCUACUCGUUGCUGGUUUCUAUUGUCCCUACCCAUCAUAUCAGCAAGUGGAAUGGCAGUUCUAGUCAGCAAAUUGCUCAGUGCAUAUGCUGCACAAAACAGUAUAAAUCUGUAUGGCACCAAAAAUCAAAGUGAAAACCAAACCAAAAACCCAAACACCCUAUGGAACUGUUGGAGGCAUGUAGGUGGUUUAAAUGACGGUGGCUGUGAUGCACACAUAGCUGCUUGUCACAUCACUUUCCAUAAUUAUUUACUGCAAAAUGAUUGAGGGGCUUUGGGUGCAGGCAGCCAUUAACCUCCUGUUUCCUUUGUUAACUCUGGAUCACUUUGCAGUAAAUUGCAGGUCUUUUAAAGAGAUUCAAGCUUCGGUUUUCUCAAAACAAAACAAUUAUCCUGUCUUAUCUGAAAAUGCAGGGUUGUGGGCAAAAGAGGCUGGUUAUGAUAAUGCCCUCAUAUUGAGUGGUCUGUAAGCGGCUACACACUUCAGGCACUAUAGUUGCUGAGGAUGCUUUGUUAAAUGUGACCUUGACUGGCUUUACAGGGGUGUAGAAUGUAACCCACACAAGGUGACUAAUUGCAUCUACCGUGCUUAUUCAGGUGGAUGAAAUUAAGGAGAAGCUGGAGUGUGUAAGCCAUGCACAUAAGUAUUCUUCACUGUAAAUUUUGUUUUCAUUUUUAACCCAAUUAUGGUACUUUGUCCGAUGCACAACUGAUCUCUCAGUAGAUAUUCGUUUGAAAAUAGUGUGGCCUUGAUCAGUGCGAAGGGGAAGGAGAGAAGUGACUUUUUUGCUUAUGUGAAAAUGACUAGUUUACUGAGAGUUGUUGCUUUGCAGCACUCUUAGUGUAAUGUUUGUGAUCAGUCUCCUUUUUGAUUGGGGAAAGUUCAUGUUCUUAACCCUGAAGUUAAACCAAUUGAGUUGUCUUCUAUUUUUAGGAAGUGUCAGAAUUGCUCUGAUGAAUAACAAAGUUGACUGCUUUGAUGUCCAAUCUCAGGUUUUAGAAUAGUGGCAUAAAGUCCCGCUAUUAUUAAUUCUUAAAAACAAUUUUAAUUUAGUACACCCUAAGAGUCACAUGCAUAAGGCCUGUUCAGAGAGCAGAGCCUCCAUCUUUUUGCUCCUUUUCCACUUUGUACUUCACUUGAAAAAGUGUCAAGUGAUUUUACAUUGUAUAUUUCCAUUUUAACCCUGACAUAUUUCUCAAAGAUUAAAGCACUUUUUGAUCAUGAAAUACAUGGAAUCUUUGUGUAAUGUGGAUCAUGGUUUCUCAGGCUCCCCUAGAUAAUCUGCUUAUGAAUAUUGUUCUAACUCUCUAUAAGAAGAGUAGAAAUCUUUGCUAAUGUUAGAAAGUUUGUAUUAUUGAUCCAGAAUGCAUUUUGCUAGUUUCCAAUGGAUGGGAGAGUAAACAAUGCUGCACUCACAAUUUAAUAAGUUACUUUCCCUUGAGCCUUAAGGUAACUCUUUCUUUUCUGUCAACAACAGCACUGAAGUUAUAGUAAGUGAAUGAGAUUAUCAGUUUUCAGGGUUGGUUUUAGAGUACUGUAAAUCAAUUAGCUGUCUUCCUAAAGAGUUACAACUCCCAUUCGAUAUACUGAAUAAGGGGCGUGUGGGUGGGACUGGGGAGGGGGGAGAUAGUUUGUAGAAAAGAAAAAAGAAAAAAAGAAUUACAUUUACUUUUAAGAAAAUAGACAAAAAAGAAAAGUUCAUGUCAUAUACCCUGUUUGGAAUUCCAGAUGUAAGGUAGAAAUGGUAAGUUACAACCUCAUCUCCUGUUUCUAACUUAGACAGUCAUCAGUUUUCAGUCAGAUGGUAGCCCAAAAAUCUUUGAGAUGACUAUGGGUUGGGAUGGUGAGUUCUGUGGAUAUAUCUGACUUUUCUAUUUAAAAUCACCUUUCCCAGUCUUCAGUUGAAAAUCAAGUUUCGUUCCUGAUGGAUUUAACAGAACAAAUGUAGCCCCAUUGCCAGUACUAAAAAUUGAGUUUAGAAAACGAAAAAAAAAAAAAAAUUACAUCAUUAAUACUUAUUACCCUACUGAUUGAUUGCCAGUUGAUAUCUGUACCUGAAUCCAAGUAAGGCCUUUCUGAAUGAAUUUAUGAAUUAUUUUGCAUUUCCUUUCAAAGUAGGAACUAUGCCAUCAAUACAUUUUUAUUUUAAUAUGAAAGUAUAACUCCUGCCUCUUGAAUUAAACAUUCCAAUUGGGAUAGGUAGAGCUAUAUUAAAACAACAGUCGAUAUAGUAGUAGUAGUUUCAGAACUCAGUAGGACUUCUGAUAAAGGGGAGCAGAACUUGAAUAGAAGCUGAAGCUUUUCUUCAACAAGUUCAAGGAAAUUGAUUUAGACCACCUCUUAUUUCUUAAAGGCAAAAUAUUGCGCCCCCAGCCAUAACCUGUGUUACAGGUUGGGCUGGUUAGAAAAAUCUUUGGAAAUAGAUGGCAAGUGGUUUGUUUCUUCCUCUUCUAAAUUCCUUUUUCAAAGACAGAGAAGUAGAGAGAGUCCCUAGACAGAUGAAUGGAUUAUAUCACUAAACAAAUUUGUAUUGUAAGAAUUCAGAAGUUGUAUUUUAAACCAUUAAGAUAUUAGCCAUAAACUCUUCUCCAGCCUGUGUGUCUUCCCCACACAAAAGCUCUUUGGAUUCUUAAAGUUGAUAAAUUGGGCAAAAACUCUGGAAACUGACUUUAAAUCAGUAUGGACAUACUUAUAAAGAGUCUAUGGUUUGCCAUAUUUUGGUAGCAGACAAGUAUAUUUUUCAGUAACAUCAAUAUUUGAAUAGCAACCAAGCUUAUCAUCAAAUUGGGGCUUCUUUUUUCUGAAGUUCUAGAACAGUGUCUUAGUAGAGAUUUCUUUUUCCUUUUGGACCUUCAUGCAGGUGUUUGUCCAAGGUCAUUUAUUAAAGAUCCAUCUGUCUGCUAUUACGUAUCCAGAUAACACACCUUUUGUUCUCUUGGAAUCUUCACUGCCAGUUAUAUGAACCAGUGGCUUCCUUCAACUAGGUUCUUCACUCCAAAGCAGGGACUGAUGUCCUGCCAGUAGAGAAUCUACAGAAGUAAUUUGAAUUAAAACCAAAUCUUGAUAGCAGGAGACAGCUUCCUGUUCUAGAUGUACAAUUAGAGUUUAGGUUGGAAAGUACUUUAAAAGGGUUUUUUUGGGGAUGUCUUCAAUCUCUCUGUAAAUACCCACAUGCUUAUGCAUUGUAAACUAAGUGUGUAUUCCUAUGUAUGAAUUUGUAGAACUGAUUUCUGCUUCAAGAGAAGCUGCACCUUUAAUUUUAUAAGAUCCCCUUCACCUGUAACCCUAUAAAUGUCUGUAAAUAAAACACUAAAAUUUGUAGUGAUAGGAUCAAUUCGGGAAUAUCUGCUGAGAGACCAAAAAGUUCAUUUUCUUAAGUACCUUGGUUAAAGAGUAAAGAUUAUUCCUCUUGCUUAUUUUUUAAAAGAAGAAUGCACUUUAACAAGCAUAGAGCUGCAUGGGCAAUUCAAACAAAUCCGUGAAGUGCAGUACCCAUUCAGAAAUCAAACUUCCUGAAAACCGUUCAAAAGCAGAGUCCAGACGGGCUGUUGAUCUCACUGCCUGUAGGUUGAAGCUCAGAUUCUGAUCAAUUUUGAGACGAGCAGGGCUGCUUCAAAAGAGCAAUGUGAAUACAGCCAGAAGCUUCAGACAGGUCUGUAAAAUGGCGGGUCCCGUAUUUACCACUAACUAGCAAAACUGACAGAAAAACUCAUAGAGAAAAAAAGUUUAAGAAUCCUUCCUGCUGGUGUGCACUCCUUACAGUAGCAGACUUUUGCAAAUGGAGUUUUACAGUCUAUAUUUAAAAAUUGUAUGUUUGUAACAAAUAAAGUAUGCGGAAAAGUGGAUGACAAA